AUAUAACAGCUUUACAUGUGCUCUAUCGCCACUGGUAACCAGUGUAAAUCCUGUAGAACAAUCUCAGUGUUGAAUUUUUAAUUCUUUACAAGGCAAUAUGGCACAAACAGUUAUAUCUGCAAAUUAUCCACCGCAUAUCGAUCCGACACGGACACCUCUAGCAUAUGGAGAUAGAGCUCUUCCACGAUUGAACAAAGAACUGAAGGACUCAACACUUCUAGUUCGCCAAAGAGCUGUGAUGUCAUUAUGCGACCAUUUACACGAUCCUGAACAUAUAGCAGAAGCUUUAAGAGUGGGAAUAGCAGAAAGUUUGAAGUCCCUACUUGCUGAUGCAGAUUUAACAGUCAGACAGAAAGCAACCGAAUGUUUAUUUGUAAUUGGAGGUCAUGCAAUAGGUAGAGAUGCUUUUUUGGACAAUGGGAUUAUACCACCAGUGGCAAAACUGUUCGAUGACAAGGAAGACAUUGCGAGAAAGAAUGCACAUCAAGCAAUGAAAAUGAUUUCUGAAACACCUCCAGGAGCUGAAGGAAUUGUGUUGGCUAAUUUAGUCCCCACUCUUGUGAAAAAAUUAUCAUCAGAGAAAGAUGAAAUCAAGGUUUUGAUUUUAGACACCUUACACUACUGCAUGAGAGUUGACACCAAUCAAGCCUUAGGUGCUGGGGCUAUGGAGACAUUCACUAAACUCUUGGACCACGCUUCUGAUGUGAUCAGAGCAAAAGCUGCCAGGGACAUCAUGGAUCUAAGUGUUCCUUUGGAUGGCAAGAACAAGGCAGUAGAAGUCAAGUGUGUGCCUUCCUUAGUCAGGCUCCUGAAGGACAAAGAGCCAGACGUACGGGCAAAUGCUGCAGGUGCCCUCAUGAUGAUUACUAUAACAACAAAGGGUAAAUACACUGCCAUAAAUGAAGGAAAAGCCAUUCAGCCCCUGGUAGAUUUGGUGGAUGAUUCUGUGAGUGAGGUCAGGCUGAAUGCCAUCAAGGCUUUGACUUGUUUGUCCGAGGCUCCUGAGGGUAGAGUUGUAUUACUAAAACAUGUAGAGAAGAUAAGGGACCAUGAAAAGGACUCCAUUCCUGCUGUUGUGAAGGCAGCCACCAUAGCCGUUCGAGUGAUCACAUGGAAACCCUGAGUGCUUAGUUCAAGUGAUGAGUGAAUGUGUCUGGUGCACGUGUGUGUGUGGAGUAUGACUGUUGUUCAGUUCAAACUGUGAUAUGUAAAUAGACAUCUCAUCAUUAAUGUGCAAUCAUGAAUGUUUGAAUCAUAUCUGUAUUGGAAACUAUUUUUCAAAAAAAAAAAAACAUUGAAAAAUGAAAUACACCAAGAGAAAAGGUAUCAUGCUAUUUGCUUAAUACUUGUCUCUUAUAUAAUUUCAAAUCAUAUGGAUUUAUAUUAUUUUACUCUAUAAAUUCCAUUUAUCUUUCUGGAGCAUAUCUAAUUUUUGUUUCUAUUAAACUAUUUAUCCAU